CUUCAACACGAACAAAUCCAUCCAUGAAACCCUACCAAGCACACAAUAAGUCCGUGCAUUAAGUUAUCGAGUAAUCACUGCGAUCCUACCAUGAACUAUCCUGCACUUUUACCCCGCGCUCCAACCAGUCUAUCAAACGAAGCAGUCCCUACUCCCGCACCCAAAAGACGCGCUGUUGCAGUAGCUUGCGACGCGUGCAGGAGUCGGAAAGUCAGGUGCACAGGCGAGUGUCCGACAUGUGCUGCGUGUCAGCGCCGUGGAGGCGAAUGCCACUACGCUGACAUUGCUAAUGACCGCGAAACACACUCAAACCAACUUAAAAAGAGGGUUAAAGAGUUGGAGGAUGAGAAUAGAAGCUUUAGAGCUUUGUUUCAGAGUUUGAGGAAGCCAGGUGGAGGAACGAAUCAGGAGAUAUUGCGGAGGAUACAGGCUGGUGAUGAUUUCGGAACGGUCAUUGAGCACGCUCGAGACCUCGGAAAGCGCAAGAGAUCCCCGUCGCCAAAUUUACUUGCAAGACAACGGCCAUCGGAAUGGACGACGAUACGUGGCAUUUUGCCCAGAAACCCGAUUGCUUCUUCUGCAGCAGUCGACCCCAUCGUGCUACCUACUCACGCUUCAAUGCCUCCCCAUUCCCUUCCUUCACCCCCCAUCAAUACGCCUACUUCUCCAAAGGAUGCUAUCCUAGGCCUCUUAGCGCUCUCCCAAGACGGGAAACCAGAUCUUAUCCUGCUCAAUGAAGCUCGUCCCAAAGAGCACUGCGAUCUUCGUCUGAACGAGCUUUCCGUCUCGUACUGGACACGCGUGCCGAUAAGCAACAGAUCUGCGUCGACGCUCAUCUCCACGUUUCUCGAGACAGACAACUCUGUUGUUGGAUUCAUCGACAAAGAUUUGUUCCUUACAGAUCUGGUACAGCAUAACCCGACUUUCUGCUCUGCUUUUCUCGUUAGCUCAAUACUGUACCUCGCUUGCUUUGCUCACACCGCGUCCGAUGAUAGAGCAGCCACUCUCGCACACAGCUUCUUCAAUGACUCGGAGCGACUAUACCGUGUGGAGAAGUUAUCGGAUAGUCUGACGACCCUAGCAGCCAUCAACAUCUUUAGCUUAGGGUGCUUCUCUCAUGGAAAGGGUAAGUUAGGCCAGGAUCUUCUUUUAUCAGCAUAUGAAAUGGGGAAGCGAAUGGAUCUUUAUGGUCUUGAUCUAAGUAGCCCAGAGGUGAGGGGGUUCCAGAAGCUAUCCUCUAGCCAUCCAGUGCCACAGGCCUCCUGGGGGACUUUCAAUUGGCUGACGGAUGUGAACUCGAGUUUUACUCCAUGAUUUCAUCACAACUUCCUCUAAGAAUGCACUCGCUGAGUAUGCAAAGUUCACAUCAAAACCCUUGAGCACUUCAAGCAGGAACUUUACUAUGUGCACGUGGACUACGUGUUUGAACAUCCAAGUUUUCUGAACCAUCCCAUGCGGGCUAUAAAGCCAGACGAUGGUCCAGCAAAAUUUAAUUCCGUCCUUCACCAUUAUUCUCAACUCUGACGUACUUCCAUGA